AACACAAUCCAUCAAGAAAGCAUCUUAUUAUUAUCAUCAAAGCCAUGAGAUAAUUUAUAAAUGUCCAACCAACUAAACUAAGCAAGCAAUGAACAUUAUUCCACUCCUAAACACCAACAACGUUUCUAGAUCAUCAACAUGGGACACAUCAUCAUCAUCGUUGCAUUGGUCAUGGUCGUAGUAGUUGCAUCAUCACCUUCGGAUCAAACAGAUGUCCUCACUCCUCUUUGCAUCAGUGAAUGCUCCACGUGUCCCACCAUUUGCUCUCCUCCACCUUCUAAACCCUCUCCCUCCAUGUCUUCACCUCCUCCUCCGUCUCCCACAUUGCCGUCAUCCACCUCUCCACCGCCUCCACCUCCACGCAAACACUCUCCCCCGCCAGUUUCACAAUCUCUUUCACCCCCGCCGUUGAUUACCGUCAUCCAUCCUCCUCCACCACGGUUUUACUAUUUUGAGUCCACACCACCACCUCCACAAGUUUCUUCCGAUGGAAAAGGCUCUCCCCCAUCAGCGCCACCGUCUCCACCAUCCCCGAAGGGGCAGUCACAAGGGCAACAACAACCUCCUUACCCAUUUCCUUAUUUCUAUUUCUACACGGCAUCAGAUGCCACUCUUGUCUUUUCUUCCUCUUUUUUAAUCUCUCUUGUUACAUUUUCUCUAUCUAUCUUUCUUAACGGUUCGUUAGUGUAAAA